UCGUUGUACUAAACUCCGGAUUUGAAUCAGGAACUCUCCUCAUUCCUUCCCUUCUCUCUCUCUCUCUCUCUCUCUCUCUCUUUCUCUCUUUAUAUGACUAGUGCCCUUCUUUGUAGGCAACUGCUUCUCCUUCAGCCUUCCCUUUUUGCACUUCAUUUCCAGUUCAAAAGUUGAAACCUCUUCAACUCUUUCAUGCUGUUGAAAUUCACUCCCACCUCAAGAAAACGAAGAGAAAUAAAACAAAGAAGAGAAAUUCUUUGUUUUAUUGUCUAUUAGAUUGGUUUUCAUAUGCGCAUUGUCUUCUUCUUCUGUUAAAAGCUAUAUAUUAGCAGAGAGUUUUGCUUUGCUUGUAUCAGUUGCAGAGAUUCUGAUGAUGUCUCAAAAGCCUUUGCACCAGCUCCUGGAAGAGGAUCAAGAACCGUUCUUGCUCGACAACUACAUUGCUGACAAGCGUUACCAGCUCAAGAAACCCUCUUCAAAAACCCACUUCCAAAUCAAGAAACGGAAGCCCAUUUCCUAUACUUCUAGCUUUUCUCAUAAUUUCUGCAAGAAUGCUUGCUUUUUCUCUGUUAAUAACUCUCCAGGCCUCAGAAAAUCCCCUCUCUUUCAGUUUCCAUCUCCUUCUAAAAGCCCUUGCAAAAGCCCAAAUGCCAUCUUCCUCCACAUCCCUGCUAAAACAGCAGCUCUUCUUCUUGAAGCUGCUCUUAGGAUCCAAAAACAAUCAUCAGCUCAAAAACCCAAAAACAAUAACGGGUUUGGUCUCUUUGGGUCUAUAAUAAAGAGAAUAACUCAUCGUAAUAAAACCCGAAUGCAAGAAAUCAGUGGCGAUGGUGUUAAAGCUUCAGUUAAGGACAGUCGAAGGUGGGGCUCUUCUCUUAACCGUACAAAACUACCCAAUGAAAGAGAAAACAAGCGAGAGCAGGAGAUUAUGGUUAAUGCGCAUGAGAAGAGUACUUGCGAGGUGGGUUCUUCUUGCUCCUGCAAUGGGAGGCUAAGCAGUGCGAUUUGGUCAGAGAGCAAUGAAGACAAGUCCUGGGAUUUGGAUUUAGAGACCGCAAGCAGUAGCCAAUCUGAGGAGGAAGAAGACUGUUUAGGAAAUUUUGAGUUUGUUAGCAAACUAAUAGAUGUUGAUGGUAUUAAUACUGAUUUUGCUUCUUAUGAUAAUCACUCCAGUGAAAAUCUGUUCCAUUUUGUUCUUCGGGGAAGCCCUUCCGCUGGUCACCGGACCCCGGAUUUCUCCUCUCCGGCCACCUCACCUAGUCACCAUAAAACAGAGGGAAAAGAGAAUAACGAUGUGGAGAACUUAAAGAACUUCCAAGUAGAGCAAGAAAAACAAGAAGAAGAAGAAGAAGAAGAAGAUAAGGAACAGUGCAGCCCUGUUUGUGUAUUGGACCCACCUUUCGAAGACGACGACGACGGUCAUGAGGAUGAGAGCGAGGACGAUGGCUUUGAUAUUGAAUGCAGCUAUGCAAUUGUACGAAGAGCAAAGCAGCAGCUAUUGCAAAAACUACAUAGAUUCGAGAAACUGGCAGAGCUGGAUCCUGUUGAGCUUGGGAAACGAAUGCUGGAGCAAGAAGAAGAAGAAGAAGAAGAAGAAGAAGUGGAAUCUGAUAUGGAACAAAGCAUCGACAGGUUUAUCAUUGAAGAACUAAGUAAAACAAUCUUCUGUCGUGUAAGAAAAAUCCCAAGAGACAUGAAGAGAUUGGUUUCUGAUCUCAUCAAUGAGGAACAACAACAGCAGAAAUACUUUGCAGCUGACAGAGAAGUAAUGGCUAAAAGGGUAUGCAAGAGAUUUGAAUCAUGGAAAGAGGUGGAAUCAAACACCAUUGAUAUGAUGGUGGAACAAGAUUUUAAGACAGAAGAGCUUAAUGGGUGGAAAAGUUACCAAGAACAAGUGAAAGAGACAGCUUUAGAAAUUGAACUAGGAAUCUUUAGAUUAUUAGUGGAGGAGUUGUCAGAAGAACUAGUAAUGGGAAACAAAUUUUGAUUGGUUUUUUUUGCUAAUUAAAUAUUAAUUAGAGGUUUAAUUAUAGUCUAACAUCCACCAUGGAGGGAUAGGCUAAUUAGAUGUUAGAGUAUGAUCCUGUGCUUGAUGAGACACAACAUGUAAAAUUCCUGUUCUUUAAUAUAUUAUAUAUGUAUAUUAAUUAUUUAAAAUUUAAAAAUAAUAUUUGCUUUUAUUA